AUGGGAGAUGGAAUAGCUCGUCGCAAAUGGCCAUCCGGAUCCCAGUGUGGAUUCGACAAUAUGGUAGGAUGGACAGCAGCUUCGGCAGUAGAACUGCCUUCUGUGGAUGUUGAGGGCUCUAUCCAGUAUGCACUCAGUGACGUGGGAGAAUUGGCACAAGAUUGGGACGUGCUUUCGAACGAGACUGAUUUUCUUGCACGCUUUGGUCAUCGGGUCGAAAAAUUGGCAGGACCCGCUACAGAGUGGUGGGAAUUAACACUGCGCAUUCCUCUUCGUCACUCAUUCCAGUCUCACUAUCUUGAUUUGACUCUGAAGUUCCGAAAUUUCCUUCGUACCAAUUAUGGACUACAUAACAUUGAUGGAUCUGAGGCGAAUUGGGUGAUUCCACGGCACUACUACAAGAUCCGAUAUCAACCUUUUGACGAUGGAAGUUGGGGUGAAGAAUUCGUACGGACAAACAAGAUCUUCCAUGGGCAUCAUAGAGAUGAUGCCAUAAUGAUGCGGGACGUAUCUGGGGGUAUGACCUUUGCUCGAGUCCAUGCACUACUUGAAAUAGCUGUGGGAUCCUCUCAGUGUCUCAUCGCGUUGGUGUCCGACCUCCAAAUGGUUUUGCUCUCUGAGUAUACAGCACAAGACUGA